CACACACACUCUCUCUCUCUCUCCCUAAUGCCUCGUGACUCUUAACCAAAGCACUUUAAAACCGCCGCACUUCUCAUGAGUCUGCGUCUCUCUUCUUCUCCAUCACAGUUAACCACAGUUCAUCUUCUCUGAUCUUCUCCUCCGCCAUGCGCUCGCCGCAUGCCUUCCGUAAUGGCGAAUCUCCGACCUCACGGGACCACACUCAUUUCCACUCCACCGUCGCUGCUCAGAAACUCCGUCGCUUCAACUCCCUGAUCCUCCUCCUCCGCCUCGCCUCUUUCUCCUUCUCCCUCGCCUCCGCCGUCUUCAUGCUCACCAAUUCUCGCGGCUCCGGUUCACCUCACUGGUAUGAUUUCGACGCUUUCAGAUUCGUGUUCGUCGCAAACGUGAUCGUGGCGUUAUAUUCGCUGUUCGAAAUGGGAACUUGCGUUUGGGAAUUUUCCAGAGAAACCACCUUAUGGCCUGAAGCUUUUCAAGUCUGGUUCGAUUUUGGACAUGACCAGGUGUUCUCUUACCUGUUGCUAUCGGCAGGAUCAGCUGCAGCAGCACUAGCUAGAACGAUGAGGGGAGGGGACACGUGUACGGCUAACAAAGCCUUCUGCUUGCAGUCAGAUGUAGCCAUUGGCUUAGGCUUUGCUGCUUUUCUAUUCCUCGCUUUCUCUUCCUGCUUCUCUGGUUUUCGAGUUGCAUGUUUCCUCAUUACAGGCUCUCGUUUUCACCUUUAGUGCUUCUUAACAGUAGAAAAACAGAGUGAGUCAGUUUCUCUUACAUUUGUUUGUGGAGUUGAUAUGUUAUUAAAACUUUACCAUAUAUAUAAAGGUUACAAUCAAA